CACGUGACAGUCUGGACCAGUUCAUCAUCAUGGCUGCAGCACCACAACCUGUCUACUGGCUGGGUAAGGAGACCCUGAGGGUGUCUGCUGCCCUCUUUGCUGAGAACCGUCGAAGACUGUGCAACGGGCUGAAAGCCAAAGAUGGAUUGGUGUCAAAGUCUGUUGUGGUGCUGCAGGGAGGAGAGCAGAAACAGAGGUUCUGCACGGACACAGACCUCCUUUUCAGACAGGAGUCUUUCUUCCACUGGUCUUUUGGAGUAACCGAGCCCGACUGCUACGGAGCCAUUGAUGUGGACUCAGGGAAAUCCAUGCUUUUUGUUCCCAAACUGCCUGAAAGCUAUGCCACUUGGAUGGGAGAGAUCUAUACUAAACAGCACUUCAAGGAGAAGUAUGCUGUUGAUGAGGUGCACUACGCCUGUGAUAUUGCUGAUGUCCUCACCAACCUGAGUCCAGCAGUUCUCCUAACACUGCGAGGACAGAACACAGAUAGUGGGAGCAUCUGCCGUGAAGCUUCCUUUGAAGGAAUUAGCCGCUUCCAAGUGAACAACACUCUCUUACACCCAGUCAUUGUGGAGUGCCGCCUGACUAAGACAGAUAUGGAGCUGGAGGUCCUGCGCUACACCAACAGGAUUUCCAGUGAAGCUCACAAAAUGAUCAUGAAGCAUGUGAAACCUGGACAGAAAGAAUAUGAAAUGGAGAGCCUGUUCCAGCACUACUGCUACACCAAAGGAGGAAUGCGUCACACUUCGUACACCUGCAUCUGUGGAACGGGCAAUAAUUCCUCUGUUCUCCACUAUGGUCAUGCUGGAGCUCCCAAUGACAAGACAAUUGUAGAUGGAGACAUGUGUCUCUUCGACAUGGGUGGAGAGUACUAUUGCUACUCCUCAGACAUCACCUGCUCCUUCCCAGCCAAUGGGAAGUUCACUCCAGACCAGAGAGCCAUCUAUGAGGCAGUCCUCAAGUCCUCCCUAGCCGUCAUGGCUGCCAUCAAACCAGGUGUAAAGUGGACUGACAUGCACCGCCUGGCUGACCGGGUUCACCUGGAGGAGCUGGUGAAGAUCGGCAUCCUGAAUGGCAACUUGGAGGACAUGAUGAAGGUCCACAUGGGCUCCGUCUUCAUGCCUCACGGCCUGGGACACCUGCUGGGCAUCGAUGUGCACGAUGUGGGAGGCUACCCUGAGGGGGUGGAGCGUAUAGAUGAGCCUGGACUGAGGAGUCUUCGAAUGGGCCGCUUGGUGCAGGAGCGGAUGGUCCUCACCGUGGAGCCUGGUAUAUACUUCAUCAACCACCUGCUGGAUCAGGCCCUGGCCAACCCUGCACAGAGCUGCUUCAUCAACAACCAAGUGCUGGCUCGUUUCCGUGGCUUCGGAGGGGUUCGCAUUGAAGAUGACAUUGCAGUAACAGCGACUGGUAUGGAGCUGCUGACCUGUGUCCCUCGUACUGUGGAGGAGAUUGAGGCAUUCAUGAGCGACUCUGCAAAAGACUUCAGCCCCGUCGUCAGCAGUGAGAAAUGACAACUCUCAGUAAAGUCCAAGAUGUUAGCUGUGAUGUCAGCAAAUCCAUAAUCAAGACUCAGCCAAAGCAACAGAAUUAACAUAACUGUCAUAAGCAAGCAAACUUAAAAAUCUCAUGCAGUAUCUCAUCUAAUCUUUCAUAAUGGUUUUAAAAUAGUGUUAAAUAUUAGCAACACAACACUUUAAGGGAAAACUCAUCUUUUAAUACUUCAAUAGUAUUAAUAAUUAAUUUCUGUGCCUCUUGGUAAAUACAUUUAAAAAUGUUUUUUAAAUGAUUCUUAUUCUUAUAUUCCUCUUUGUAAACAUUGAUUCAAAUAUGUUGUGAAAUUGAAAUAAAUA